AUGUCGAACCGUGACCGAUCUGCGGACUUGUCCAUGGACACACCUGAUUCAUGGCCUCAUUCCCUUCAUACCGCUACGUCCAGCACUAACCCAUCCCGUACCACUUCGGUCAGGAGCACCCUGAAAACCAGCAGAGGCCCAGACGAUAGCUUUUCUUCUAUAUCUAGCACAGCAGAAACAAAUAGUCAUCUCUCUCUUCCUACCCUUCGCUCUAUCACAGGAAUGAGUGGUCUUGUUCUCGCUGAAGUUGGAGACUCUAUGGUUGAAUUCGACGUUUAUGGACAAGCUGGAGGGUCAGGCUUCCGCGCUGGCCAACGAAUAGCGCCAGACUGCGUCACACCAGGUGGUGGUUCGACAGAUUGGGGCGCCAAGCCUCAGCGGCCACAGCCAAGGAAAGCCGCAUCAGCAGGAGUGGAGAGUCUGUCAGAAACGUUGUCACGGAGCGAUACAUUCUUGGAUAUAGGUGCACCUGCUAGAAGCGCGGCCGAGCUCAAAUCCUUGCUUGGAAAUGCACAAUCCCGACUGAAACCUGGUGCAUCAAUGUUCCCGCAGUCUCUGAGGAGGGCUGUAAGCACGGGGACAGGUCUCAAUAUCCUCGCUGAAGGUGUCGCUCUGGAGCAGGCAAAGGCUAGGGCACGUGUCGAGGUAGAUAUUGUGCUGGAAAGCGAGACAUGUGUCCAGGGGGGCUAUCUAAAAGGGCAUGUCAAGAUUCAUGUGGGAAAGUUUUCGGUGAAGGAUCCACCAGUGUUGCUUUCACAGGGGAAAGUGAGGGUGGUCGGUUUUGAAUGCAUCCCGUUUGAGAAUAAUCGCUGCAUGUUUUAUCAACAUUCUGUGCCUUUCUCGGAGGUCAUGACAGGGGCAGAUAUAUUUUGUCGAACAGGGGAAGAUGAAGAUGGGUGGGCAGAAGCCAAGGAAGGAACGCAUGUACUCCCAUUCGCAAUGCUGCUACCUAUGGAAGGUAAUUGCGGGACACCCAAAGGAAGUUUGAACGUCCACUCGGGUGUAUGCCUGCGAUAUGUCGCAAUGGUCUCCAUAAGGAUCAAAGAUGCACUCACUUCAAAGCAAUCAAUAGCUCAUUUCUAUCGUCAUUGUGAAAUUUGGCCGAGGCUCAACCCAGAUACGGUCCUCGCUCCCGCACCGCGACCACUCGUGGCAGAAGCGUCAAAGUCCCUCUUCAUGGGUGGUUCUGGCAAAAUUAAACUAACAGCGAAACUUCAUCGGCUGUACUGGGUGGCAGGCCAGCAUUGCAGCGUGAAAAUUCGAGUCAUCAAUGACACUAAGAAAGCCAUCAAGAGCGCAACCAUCACACUCAUCAGAACGACAACCAUCUUCCGGCCACAUCCCCAUCUUGAUGCAGGAAAUGGACGCACCAUCGACCCUGACGCGUGUCAGACCACCACGAUGCGAAAGCAGGUUGCUGAGAGCACUUUGGGAAUGGGCCAGCGGUGUGUAAAGGGGCAUGCGAGCGCCAAAGGCUGGUGGACAGGUGUAGAUCCAGGAGAGGCACUGGAGUUUGCACAUUCCAUAGUGUUGCCGCAAGAUGUCCUGUCUGUGGCCCGUGUCCGUUUACUGGAAGUCGAAUACUCACUCCGCAUAAGCGUGAGUGCAGGACCGUUGUCUUCGGACGUGCAAGUUACAUUGCCCAUCAGAGUCGUCAAUUUCCUUUCCCUUGAUCCUCCACAUACCUCUCCUCGCACUCCACUCAAACAAUUAGUUCCAAAACCACAGAUAACCACUCGAGAAACAUGGUAUCGCAAGUCUAGACCUGAGGGAGGAGAGCAGUAUAUGGGGUCUGAAACCGUUCCAGGCAUGAAGUACUCGAACCAGGAUACAGACGUAGUCCCAUUAUCUGCGAAGCCGACCAUGACGGAGUCGUUCGUACCAAAUUCAGAGCAAAUGGACCCAAGUACGAGCAUAGAUUCCGGAUCAGUAUAUCCACCAACCGAUACGGCAACUGAAACUGGGACUAUCACCCAAUCACGUUUUGAACAGAGCCCGGUUGAAGAGACAGAUAACAUGCUCCACAGGCUGGAGAUAAAUAACUCGUUUUCUCAGCUUCAGCUUGAGAUUGGAGGUAUUGAGCACGGUUCAUCUGAAUCAAAUCCUGCAACGCCGACGGUAUGUAAUGCGGUUCAACACCCUCAGGGACCACGAGAGCAAACACUCUUCCGCAUGCCUUCGUCCUAUGGUGAAGCACCUCUGCUCCAGCCACAAUAUCAGUCCAGUUCAAGUGGUUCUGAGCCAAGUUCAUCUUUUGCUCAUCGAGUGCACAACAAGCUAGUCGCAUUUGCAAUGGAGGACGGCAAUGCUUCUAGAUCAUUGGUCGGUCGCGAAAUAGAUGGUCGUCGAGGUCUGGCAUCAAGGCAGAACAAUACGAGAUCGAUGUUUGCAGUCAGCCCUACACGAAUGCUGCCCAAGCCUCCAUCAGGCAUAGUGCACAAAGGAUCGAUGUCCGCUUUGCUAGCAUCCCCUUCAGCCUUUAUAUCGGGAUGGCGCUCGCCUAGAAGGCACGAAGAUAGCGACGAAGAGGGUAGUGUAAGGCCAACUCCACCCUCUACCCAUAAUUCAGCAUUUAUAUCUGGAUGGCGCUCGUCCAGAAAGCACGAAGAUAGCGACGAAGAGGGUAGCGCGAGACCACCUCUGCUGUCUACUCAGAAAUCGAGCAAUUCAGUAAAGGCCAAGAUAAAGGAACUGGAAGAAAAGAUGCGGGGGAACUGA